AUGGCUUCUUCGAAAUUAUUGGUUGCAUUCGCUCUCGUGGUGACAAUGUCCAUCUCGUAUGACCUGAUCAUGGCCGUAGGAACAGGAAUAUAUGAGAGAAUUGUGCCUCCGACUUGUUACGAGGGUUGUAACGCGACGUUUCAAGCUCCAGAAUGUAACAAAUUUUGUGUUGGAUUGGCUUAUAAAAAUGGUAGCUGCAUUGAUCCUGAAGGUUCCCCUCCUAAACCUUAUUAUCGUUGUUGUUGUAACCCUAUAAUUCUUACACCUCCUUCUCUUUGA